UGAAAAAGUAACGACAUGAUGACGACAGACUUGUUAGUCUGUGGUGUCGUGCAAUGGCCGAUUGAUAGGGAUUCAUUCAGAACAUUUUGUUGGCUAAUCCCGAAAGCCUGCAUCCUCACUUAGUAUAAUUGUGUUCCUUCCAACUAUAUCUUCCGUAAUUAAUGAUAGACGGUAGUGCAAGUUUUGUGUUAUACCCAUAAAUCGUCUGGACAGUGGAUUAAAACUUUUGUGUAGGUGUUCACAUACCAUCGAAGUCUGUCGGUGUUAUUUCGUGUGAAACUUGUUGUUGGCAAUGUAAGAGUUCUGAGCACGCGGUGGGGUGGCUCCUCGGAACUGGCAAUGUUCCAUCCUGCCAUCUUCCCAUCAUUCACCAACCAUACUAAUGAGCCCGGCAGCUAUGCGACUAGUCGUCGGCCACCACACGCUAUCGAACCUCGGAGGACGCGACUCUGAUGCCAAAAUAAUCUCUCCUCUUUACCUCUCCACUUAGAUAGUCGUUUUUAAUGUUUUAUAAUUUACAUUUUUAACGUAGAUUCAUUUACACGUGCGUUGAUGCUAACACACAUGUGAAGUGAAGUGCAAGUGCUAGUGUUGUGACGGAGCUGGUAUAAUCCAGCUGUAUCUGGUUAUAAGUUGUGCGUGUCCGGUUGAACCCGGCGUGCGGUAGUCCGGGCCGGUAGCGCAGGGCCCGAUGUUGGCAGCGUCAUGGCCUUCAUGACGAAGAAGAAGCGGUACAAGUUUGGGGUGCAGUGUUGUCUGGAAGAGCUCACUGAGGUGCCUUUCGUGUCUGCGGUGCUGUUCGCCAAAGUCCGCCUGCUUGACGGCGGAAACUUCCAAGAACAUUCUAGCAGAGAGGAGGUGCGGAACCACGCGGUGCGGUGGAACGCGCAGUUCUCGUUCGUGUGCAAGAUGUGCGCCAACGCCAGCACCGGCGUGCUCGAGCCCGCGCUCAUGCGGGUCUCCGUGCGCAAGGAGUGCAAAGGCGGCAGGUCAUACCAGAAGCUGGGCUUCUGCGACGUGAACCUGGCGGAGCUGGCGGGCGCGGGCGAGACCACGCGCCGCUGCCUGCUCGAGGGCUACGACCCGCGCCGCCGGCAGGACAACUCCGUGCUGCGGGUCCGCAUCAAGAUGAACAUGAUCUCCGGAGACCCUCUCUUCAAAGUUCCUGAGCGCAAGCAGGAGGCAGCGGAAGGCAUGGCGGGCGGCGACAGCGGCUCCGAGAGCGUGCCCGGCGCCACCCAGCCGGACGACGACUGCGCCUCCUCCACCGCCUCCUCGGGCUUCGGUUCGCUCACCAAGAAGAAGAACUACGAGGGUAGCGUAUCGCAGCCCCUGUCCUUGGUGCCUUCCAGUGAGCUCCCCACUCCUGACGGCGAAGAGUCUCCCCUUGGCACCUCCGCGCCUGACCAACCUGGUUUAACGAUGUUGGCGGCGGUGAGCGGCGCGGGCGCGGCGGGCAGCAGCUCGGUGACGGCGUCGUGCGCGGCCUGCCUGCAGCAGCAGCACACGCACUCGCGCAACUCCUCCAACACCUCCGGGGACAUGAGCAGCAAGGCGUCCGGGUACGGCAGCUCGUCGGCGGCGUCGGCGCACUCGCGGCAGAGCUCGGAGGGCGACUCGGCCGGCGACUCCGCGCGCCCGCACCACAACAGUGUCCGCGUAGAGCGCUCGGUGACGUCAGUGUUCGUGCCGUCGCAGUCGUGCAAGCAGGCGGGCCGCGCGCUGGCCAAGCUGCUGCUGGACAGCAGCGAGUGCGACGUGUACCUCACGCCCAACUGCACGCUGGCCGUGCCCGACGUGCUGGCCGACGUGCCGCGCCUGUCGCCCGCCAGCGACGCCUACGCCACGCCCGACGCCACGCUGCUGGCCGCGCACGACUACUCCUUCGCCAUGCCCACGUACUUCGACAAGAAGAAGAAGGUGGCCGCCACUAUCAUCAGCGCCGCGGUCGAACCGCUCACCAACUUCCAAAUCUUCAAGCAGAAGUCGCUCAACACCAUUCCCGCGCUUCUCGACAAGAACAAGAAGAACGAGGAGUUGUUCAACAAUUUCCCGUUUCUGACGCCACUCGCGCACAGGAAGAACUCGCUCGUGUCCAACGCGAACAGACUGUCCGGCUGCAUAGAGGACGAGUUCUACUGCAUUCCCUCCGAUCCCGAAGUGGACCUGGGCUCGUCGGAGUGUAUCGACAUCCGACACCGGUUCAGGAGCCUGUCCAACCAGGCGCUGAACGAGGGCGCGGUGCAGACGUCGACGCCCAACGGGCCCGAGGCGGAGGCGGCGCGGGGCCGGCGCCUGGCCGCCACGCUGCGCCACAGCUACACGGACUCGGCCAGGAACCCGUCGGGCGGGUCGGGGUCGGGCGCGGAGCUGGGCGGGUCGCUGGAGCGGGCGCGCGCGGCGCUGGAGCGGCGCCGGCGCCAGCCGCCGCCCGACGACGACGCGCCGCCCGGCCGCGUCGAGCACACGCGCGUCAACCCCGACGAGCUCAUCGACGAGCUGCUCGCCGCCACCGACCUCAAGCACGCCGUCGACGACGCCGCCGAGACGUCCGGGCUGCAGCUGUUCAUCACGCGCGACGGCACCGCCGAGCUCGGCUCGCGCCAGCGCCAGCAGCUCGCGCGCCGCGACUACCAGCGCGUCGUGCUGCACCCGCACGACAACAGGUAGCCCCGGGCGUGACUGCACACGCGGCCGGACGACGCGUGACCGCCAGUGCUGUGAUGUGGUAGUGGACAGUAUUACUUGAGAUUCGCCCCGACCUGCUCUACUGUGUAUUAGCUUUUAUAUACGUCCCGCCGGGGACCGCGAGCAAUGCAUAUACAUAUAUUUAUUGUUUUAAUGUAAUAUAAAUUAUGCCAUAAUUGUUUUACGACUCGUAAUUUAAUGUUAAUUAUUAUUAUUCGGUAGCAGUUCUACAAAGAAUGGUUGUGUUCGUGCAAACCGACAAGUUUUGUAUGAUUUAUAUAAUUUUUAUUUGUUUUAAUGUAAGUAGGAAUCUUUGAAUUUAAUGACGACCUACUCGACGACUGAUUGUUCCUAUAUUUUGCGUAGCGUCUGUGCUUCCUCCACUCUCCGUAUGCAGGCCUGCGAGUCCCGCACGCGCAGGCCUCCACGUUAGUCUUGCCUCUCCCGGCGCCGGCACUAGCCCAGCGCGCCGCCCGCGCGUGGCGCACGUGUGUCGCUCGUGUGGCGCGGCGGGCGGCGCUGGCGCAUGUUAGCGUAACACAAGUGCUCACAAGUGGUGCUACGUCAGCGCGAGUCGCUGCUGACUGCGACGCGCGCGAACUUUUAUUAUCGAUAUCAUGUAAUUAUUAUUAUAAAUGAUUAAAAAACGUCACCCAUUAAGUGAACCAUGUAAUCGAAACAGUACUUCCAAAUCCCUCCAUUAAUAUAUUUUCAAUGUGAAUUUUGUAUACAUUAUUUAGUGUGGUGCCAAACAAACGUGCGCCCACUCCAGUGGGGGGAACUAACUAAAUAUACAAUAGUGCGAGGAGGUAAAUCUAAGUCAUUCCUUUGCGUAGCUUAGCGCGUGGCUUGCAGCGAUACGACGAGUGGCGCUCAGUGUGCCGCCGCACGCGAAUUCAUUUUAUAAUUGCUAUUUGAAGAUGAAAUGAUUUGCCUGAGUAUAAUCAUGACAAUAUUUCUUCCGUCGAGUGUUCAUUUACAAGAGCCCUGCGGCGUCACUCUGAGCGCGACUGGUUAUAAGUGAUCACCAUCGAACGCGCAUCAGCGAGUGCCGCCUACUGGCCACUGUCAGAGCUGCGGGCGCGGCGCGGUCUGCGGCGCCAGCGAUGUAGUGCCUCCAGUGGCAUUAGUGCCGCCACCAGUGUCGCUGGUAGCACUAAUGUCACUAGUGCCCCCAGUGUGACCAGUGGUCGAGCCACGGGGCGAGCCGCGCUCGAGCGUCUGAUCGGCACGCGUUGUUAUUGUAUCAUAUUAUUCUAAAGCCUGUACAGUAUUUGAAUAAAGGACGUGUCUAGAA